AUGGCAGCCUCCCAGCUGGCAGCCCUGGAAGGAAUGGAGUCAGGGGCUGGGCAGCUGCCCCUGACCGAGGCCACUCCCAGCUUCCUGUAUUCCGAGGGCCAGAGGCUGGCGCUGGAGGCUCUGCUGAGCCAGGGCGCAGAGGCGUUUGAGGCCUGCAUGCAGCGCGAGGGGCUGCGGCCCUUCCUGAGUGGAGAUGAGCUCCGGGGCCUGGUGGCAAUGGCUGAGGACUGGACAGCAGCGAAGCAGGAGCCUAGCAGGGCAGCAGAGGGAGCCACCGCCACCGAUGGGGACUUGGGCAGCCUGACCUACUGGCCUGGACACUCAGAGGAGCCGGUGCCCAUGCUGCGGCUGGGCUGGCCGGAGGACUCAGCCUGGAAGGGUAUCACCCGGGCACAGCUGUACACCCAGCCACCUGGCGAGGGCCAACCGUCCCUCAAGGAGCUGGUGCGCCAGGAAAUCCAGGCCGCCCACAAGCUGGUGGCCGUGGUCAUGGACAUCUUCACUGACCCAGACCUGCUUUCGGACCUGGUGGAUGCUGCCACACGCCGCUGGGUGCCCGUCUACCUGCUCCUGGACCGUCAGCAGCUGCCUGCCUUCCUGACGCUGGCCCAGCAACUGGGGGUGAACCCCUGGGCCACUGAGAACCUGGACAUCCGAGUCGUGCGGGGCUGCAGUUUCCAGAGCCGCUGGCGUCGGCAGGUGAGCGGCAACGUGCGGGAGAAGUUUGUGCUGCUGGACGGCGAGAGGGUCAUCUCAGGAUCCUACAGCUUCACAUGGAGUGACUCACGCCUGCACCGUGGUCUGGUGACCCUGCUGACCGGUGAGAUCGCCGAUGCCUUCAGCCGAGAGUUCCGGACACUCUAUGCGGCCUCCUGGCCACUCCCGCCCGCGCCCACCCCGGGUCCCUUUGUCAGAGCCCUGGGGGGGCUGCAGCUGGCCUACAGCCCGCAUCGCGUGGCCCGUCGCUGCUCCGUGGCCCCCCUGUCGCCGCCACCACUGCCUGAUGGCUCGCUGGCCCACCGCCUGGCCGCCUGCCGAGUCUUCGAGGGGGACAGACAGAAGACCCUGGCCAAGCCAGGGCCAGCUCUUAGCGACAUCCUGAGGAGUGUACAGCGUGCCCGGACCCCCAGUGGCCCCCUGGCCCAGCCCAGCCGCUCCCUAUGGGACCUGAGCCGCCUGUCCCAGCUGUCAGGCUCUAGUGACGGUGACAACGAGCUCAAGAAGUCCUGGGGCUCCAAGGACACCCCAGCCAAGGCCCUGAUGAGGCAGCGGGGCACUGGAGGGGCCCCCGGUGGUGAGGCGGACUCCGGUCCGCUGGCCCGGUCCCAGCCCCGGGGCGGCCCCUUGCCCGUCAUCCCUGCCCGCCGCCUCCACUAUCUGUCCCCGACCCGAAGGCAGUUUGGUGAAGAUGCUGCCUCCAAACUCCCAGAACCCAGAGGCAUCCGGCAGCCAGACUGGGCCGCCCAGCCAGGACUCAGGGGGCGGCGCUGA